AUGGCUCACUCCCCGAUUCAAAGUGGGCUUCCGGGGAUUCAGAACCUCAAAGCUGAUCCGGAGGAGCUUUUCACCAAGCUGGAAAGGAUAGGCAAAGGUUCCUUUGGUGAGGUAUUUAAAGGCAUCGACAAUCGCACUCAAAAGGUGGUGGCCAUUAAAAUAAUUGACCUGGAGGAAGCAGAGGAUGAGAUUGAGGACAUCCAACAGGAAAUCACAGUUCUCAGCCAGUGUGACAGUCCUUUUAUCACCAAGUACUUUGGAUCCUAUCUCAAGGGAACAAAAUUAUGGAUUAUUAUGGAAUAUCUUGGUGGAGGAUCUGCCCUCGAUCUGUUGGAACCGGGUGCCCUCGAUGAGACGCAGAUUGCCACUAUUUUGAGAGAAAUCCUCAAGGGGCUUGAAUAUUUGCAUUCUGAGAAGAAAAUUCACAGAGAUAUCAAAGCUGCCAAUGUGUUGCUGUCGGAACAAGGUGACGUCAAGCUGGCGGACUUUGGCGUGGCGGGCCAGCUGACUGACACGCAGAUAAAAAGGAACACCUUUGUUGGGACUCCUUUUUGGAUGGCGCCUGAAGUCAUAAAACAAUCGGCGUACGAUUCAAAGGCAGACAUCUGGUCCUUGGGAAUUACGGCGAUCGAGCUGGCUAAAGGCGAGCCGCCGCACUCCGAGCUCCAUCCCAUGAAAGUGUUGUUCCUCAUCCCCAAGAACAAUCCACCCACGCUGGAGGGAAACUACAGUAAACCACUGAAAGAAUUUGUGGAAGCCUGUUUGAAUAAAGAGCCUAGUUUUAGACCGACCGCCAAAGAGCUGCUGAAGCACAAGCUGAUUGUCCGACACGCCAAAAAGACAUCCUAUCUGACCGAGUUGAUCGACAGAUACAAGAGGUGGAAAGCGGAGCAGUCGCGAGAUGAGUCCAGCUCCGACGAAUCCGACGAGGAGACGCAAGGACAAGCUUCAGGAGGAGAAGCCGCCGCCAACGACGACUGGAUCUUCAACACCAUCAGAGAGAAGGACUUGAAAAAGGUGCAGAACGGGGCUGUGCAACAUGCCGAGUUGGAAGUAAAACCGGUAAGAAAUGGUCCAAAAAGACCUUUGUCACAGAGCUUAUCCUCCAUCUUCUCUCCACUUUUCUUGGAGUUGAAAGCCAAGGGGGAGACCAGCAACGGCAAACCGGAGGCUGCCGAGGCGCUGCAGGAGGCCAUUUUGCUGGCCGAAGACAUUCACCCAGGAGUGUGCGACUCACUGGUGGCCGAACUGCUGCAGAGACUUCAGAGGUUUUCCGUGCCUCAGACCGCCAACACUCAAUGA